AUGGAAAACUUCCCUGUGGGUCGACAGCAGGUUGUGUGCGUCGGUCGUGGAAAAUCAGAUCCGGUUAUGAUCGAUAGUGGUGUCCCCCAGGGUUCAGUACUGGGACCCAUUUUGUUCCUUAUCUACGUGGACGAUGCCGCAAGAGAUUUAGACUGUGAAGUAGCAAUGUUUGCGGAUGACAUGAAGAUAUGGAGUGUAAUUCGUGGUCCUGCCGAUGAAGACAGAGUGCAGAUGAACCUGAAUCGGUUGGAGGAGUGGUCAAACCGUUGGCUCCUGCGCUUCAACGUUGCCAAAUGUAGCAUACUUCGCCUAGGCAACACAGCCAGAUCCGCCAGCACAAGAGGCUACUUUCUGGGCGGUGCAGCCCUACAAGAGGUGGAAGCCCAAAAGGACCUCGGUGUGCUUACGACGAGUUCCCUAAAACCAUCCGCCCACUGUUCGAAGGUGACAAAAAGCGCAAUGUCCGUACUGUACGCCAUCAAGCGUGCGUUUAUGGACUUUGACGAAGAAGCUUUCUCUAAGACAUUCGGAACAUUCGUCCGGCCGCAUUUAGAGUACGGCAUACAAGCUUGGAGGCCGUGGGCUGUUGGGGAUCAAAACUGCCUCGAAAGAGUCCAGAGGAGAGCUACGAAGAUGGUUAGGGGUCAAAGCUCCUUUCCUUAUGCGACCCGCCUAGUAAAUCUGAAACUCUUUCCUGUGAGUUACAGGCAACAUCGCGGAGAUCUCUUGCAAGCCUUCCGCAUUGUAAAGGGGUUGGAUUGCAGUCUGGCGUUCGAGGACUUUUUUGAAUUUGCUACCACGACCAACCUCCGAGGUCACCCGUUAAAACUGCGCACUCAGCAGGCACGGCUGGAUGUGCGGAAGUUCUCCUUCUUGGUUCGGGUGGUCAACCCGUGGAAUGAGCUUCCCGCAGAUGUUGUGAUGUCACCAUCUAUACGAGGUUUUAAGAAGAAUCUGGACAUAAUUAUGUUCCGAAAUGACCAAGAGCGAUGA